CAGCAGCAGACGGAAUGACAACAAAAUGACAGUUUGAAGUGCUUGUUUUAAUGCAAUUUCUCUCUGGACCCGAGGCAGUGACCGUAGAUUAAGAAUGCAGUUCUCUCCCAACAAUGGAGACUUCACGUUCGUCUCCUCGACAGAGGCUGAAGAACUCAGCGGCACCAUAUCGGCCCCAGACAUAAAACUAAACAUGCAUAGUGAUGGCAGUAAAGACCCGUAUGCCACCACUUUCCUGAGGCAACGAGGCUAUGGAUGGCUGCUGGAGGUGGAGGAGGACGACAGUGAGGAGAUCAAACCUCUUCUGGAGGAGUUGGACAUCGACUUGAAGGACAUCUAUUACAAGAUCCGCUGUGUGCUGAUGCCAGUGCCAUCGCUGGGCUAUAACCGGCAGGUGGUCAGAGACAACCCGGACUUCUGGGGCCCACUGGCCGUAGUGCUGCUCUUCUCCAUGAUAUCCAUCUAUGGCCAGUUCAGGGUUGUGUCUUGGAUUAUCACCAUCUGGAUAUUUGGCUCACUGACCAUCUUCCUGCUGGCCCGUGUUCUUGGUGGUGAGGUUUCAUACGGCCAGGUUCUCGGAGUGAUUGGAUAUUCCCUUCUCCCUCUCAUCGUCAUAGCUCCUCUGCUUUUGGUGAUCAGGGUGUUUGAAAUUGUCUCUACACUAAUCAAACUGUUGGGAGUCUUCUGGGCUGCUUACAGCGCUGCGUCACUGCUUGUCGGAGAUGAGUUCAAAACCAAGAAGCCUCUUCUCAUAUACCCUAUUUUCCUUUUGUACAUCUACUUCCUUUCACUUUAUACCGGUGUGUGACUGGAUGAAUUGGAACUGUGGACCUUCAAAUGGACAGUGACUCUGGGACAUUGGGGUAAAAUGUCAAACAAUGGAACCGGGAUUUUUAAAAAAACAAACAAACCUUUAUUUCCUUCUUUUUUUAAAUUCCAGAUGACGGGGUGCUGGGAAUAUAUAUAAUAUAUAUAUAUAUAUCAAUGUAUAUAGAUUUGUCCCUUUUUGUCUUUGGUCAAUAAAAUGCUUAUGUUAUUACAGCAUCAACUUUGGUAUGCUAAUCUCUCACUCAUCUCUGUCCUGCAUUUGUUUUUGUAGUUGUAAAGCUGAAAAUAAUCACAGAGCUACGUAUUAAUGUCGUGGUUUAUUGUUUGCUUUCUCACAGUCAUGUUGCCAAAUAUUUGUGUUUAUGUUCAUGAUAAAGGAAGACAAUGUGAACAAAGGCAGAACUACAUGCACAGAUUGUUGAGGAUAAUGUUCUUUACUGUUACAUGUACUGUAAUGAACCAUUAAUGAGAAAUGUCCAUCAAUGCUUUCUUAAUUUUCCUAAUUCAGAAGCCGAUGAACUGGGGCAGUUAGAGUGACAUGAACUAGGGAUGCACGAUAUCAGUAUUGGCUGAUAAUGGUUUUGAAAUAUAUUAUGAGCACACCAUGCUGCCCGAUUUGAUUAAUGACAAAAGCAGUAGGCUGAAUAAGCUCCUCCCUCCUUGACUUCUAUUCUGGCGCCCUCUACAGUUAUUAUCUCUUAUGUUUAUCUUGUGCAAGAAAGAAAAAUUUAUUUCUACACCUGCUGUGACGUGAGCAUGCAAAAUAGGGUGUUAAUUUCACAACGGAGCAGACUAAAUGACCUUGUAUACUGUAUAUCGGUAUAGGUUUUCAGUCCAAGCACUCCCAAUAUGUCAGAUAUUGGCAAAAAGUCCAAUAUCGUGCAUCACUAAUUUAUGAACCAACCAUCGUCUGCUAACUGUGGUACCUUGUUUCCCUAAUUCUUGUUUGUCUCUGGUUUCAUCUAGAAGUAUAUAAUCAGUUGUUCAAAAAUGACAGUAAAUGUGUAGUCUGGUAUUUACUGACUCAUUCCUGCAUUAUAUUCAGUCAACACAGAUACACACAUGCUAACACUGUGUUGAGAAAGUGUUGAGUUGGUCUCAGUCGGCUGGAUUCACUCAGAAUGUCAUUAAAAGUCAUGUUUUGCACACACA